AUGCCUGGUGUCGAGGAUAUAUCAUCUAAUGUUCACCGACUCGUUGAGCUCACAUCAGGCAUGAAUGCUUCAACUGCAACUGAUUCAAUGAGCACAGUUUUAGACAAGUGCACCGUGGUUUUAGAAGAACUCAGAACUAUUCAAAUUCUCACCGAAACUCAUUCGGAAGGACUCAGUGACCAGCUGAAGCAAAUGGAAAAUAACAUACAAGAAAUCGGAAGUUUGUUCGAUAGGAUUGACCAGCUCAACGAUUUUGUUCAAAAGGCUAAAUCUGAUCUCGAUAAGCUUGAGAAACUGUACAACGUCGUCGACCGGCAAUAA